AUGGACCACGAUUACGACUACAAUGGAGGAGACUGUCAGGAUGGACAGGAUGGGCAAGACGCAAACGCCUACUAUGAAGAUGAUGGACAGGAUGAAGACGGCGGUCACGGCGGAUAUGACCGGGGAGAUGGUCAAGCCGAAAAGGAAAUCACCCAGCAUGCUCACGAUGCGGAGCGAGCCAUCAUGGACAUGAUACAGGACGAACAAAUGGAAGGAUUGCACGACCCGGAAGUGUGGCACGUCGUAGAGGGAUUCAUGGACCGUGUGGUCAAGCUCCUUUCCUAUCUUGAGGAAGUCCAUGAGCAGAGCCGGCCCCAUGACCAUCAUGGAUCAAAAUUAGAUGGCCUCCAGCACGAAAUGGCUCAGCACGACGGAGACCAGGGUGGGCAUGACCCGUGGAGCGGGCAUGAAGAACAGCAAGGAAAUGACCAGCAACCCGACGAUAACCAAUAUUAUGAUGAUAACGGCCAAUACUGA